CGAUCACCCGCGGAGUCGCGGGGUCACAGGGUCUCGCUGGUCUGGGACGCGGAGAGUCUGACGGCUGCAGGACCGAGUAGUCCAUCUAGUGGAUUUCAAGUUUAACAAAUUUAAGAGAGAAAGUGAGACAGAGUCAGAGAGAGAAUGGGAGAACCAGCAUGUCCUAAGGCACAUGGCUAAGGCUUGGGCACCAUCCGACUCUCACAGAAUUCUACAGUUUUUUUCAUGAUGGUUUCUAGAUGGACUUGAGUCUUGGCUGCUGGAGACUCCUGGUGCAGGGAAAUGGCGAUCAGUCUAAACUUCAGAAAGCAGAGUUUUCAGUUGUUAAAAAGGAGAAUUUUUUUGCUUUUGAAACUUCUAGCUCUUGUCUUCACGGUGGUUCUAUUUUGUGAAUUUUUAAUCUAUUACAUAGUGAUUUUUCGGUGUGAUUGGCCAAAGUUGAAAACUCCAGUCAAUGAUGGGCAGCACGAGAGACCAGAGCCAGUGCUGAAAGCUAUGUUCCUGGCUGAUACCCACUUGCUUGGACAAAUUAAAGGCCACUGGUUCGACAAAUUACGAAGGGAAUGGCAAAUGGAGCGAGCCUUCCAGACCGCUUUGUGGUUGUUGCAGCCGGAAGUUGUCUUCAUUCUGGGAGACAUUUUUGAUGAGGGGAAGUGGAGCUCUUUUCAGGCCUGGCAGGAUGAUGUGGAGCGAUUUCAGAAAAUGUUCAGACACCCAGGCCAGGUGCAGCUGAAAGUGGUCGUUGGCAAUCAUGACAUUGGCUUCCACUAUGAGAUGAGCAGAUACAAAAUAGACCGCUUUGAGAAAGUCUUCAAGCCUGAAAGGCUGUUUUCCUGGAAAGGAAUUAACUUUGUGAUGGUCAACAGUGUUGCCAUGGAAGGAGACGGAUGUGAAAUUUGCUCUGAAGCAGAAACUGAACUCAUUGAAAUCUCCCGCAGACUGAACUGCUCCCGAGAGGAACACGGUUCCUACCAGUGUAGACACAGGCAGCGGCUGCCAGCCUCAGCCCCAAUCCUUCUGCAGCAUUUCCCGCUGUAUCGGAGAAGCGAUGCGAACUGUUCUGGCGAGGACGCAGCCCCUCCUGGGGAGAGGGACCUGCCUUUCAAGGAGAGAUACGAUGCGCUUUCCAGGGAGGCUUCCCAGAAGCUGCUGUGGUGGCUGCGGCCACGGCUGGUGCUGAGCGGCCACACACACCACGGCUGCCAGGUGUUCCAUGGGGCAGGCCUCCCAGAGCUCAGCGUGCCAUCCUUCAGUUGGCGGAACAGAAACAACCCGAGUUUUGUCAUGGGCAGCCUGACGCCCAGAGACUAUGCCCUCGCCAAGUGCUACCUCCCCACAGAGACCACGGUGCUCGCCACGUACGCUGGGACAGCGGGGCUGCUUGUGAUCCUUGUAUUGCUUCACUUGAAGUGUCUACCCUCACCGUUUCAUUUUGGUUGGAGCCUACUCUGGAAAUAUAAGACAAAGUGAGGAGCCAGAGACCUCUGCAUUGAGUCCUAAAUCACAAAGCCAAGGACAUGGAACUUCGGGCAGUGCUCAGGUGAGAUGACACCAAAAUAGGCUACCUUGAUGUACAUCGCAGGAGUCCUGAGUCACCGGUGUGACUCACAGGAGGGUACCUAGUUGAUUCUACUGUUCUCAUGCUAUAAAAAUGGGACACGUACUCUACAACAAGUCUGUUUUCUCAUUUUAUCAAAUAUAUGUAUAAUCAAAGGUUGUAUCUGUACAGUAUUUAAAAGCUAUUAAUGUCAUCAUUUGCAUGCACUAGAGAAUCUCUCCUUCUCCAAGAUGGAGCCUGCAGCCCUGGGACACAAUCGGGAUUAUGUGAGCAUAGACAGUGGAUUUGCUUUGUCCAUAACGUGGUUCUCAAAUUCCUUUCUGUUUUAAUUCUGUACACUUAAAAGUAUGGAUACUACCAGAAAGAAUAUAUUGGUUUUGCAGAUGUUUGUACUUCAGUGCUACAUGAGGAAUCCAGAUUUUAAGAUACUAUUUUUCUCUCCAGAGGACCAAGUUUUAAAAUCUGGAUUUCAUACUUGCUUGUGAUCAAGAGAAACUUGAAAUAUGAACCAGGAUAUUGUUUUUGAUAUUUAAACAUGUGGAUAAUUAGAAGCCUGACCUGAUAAAAUCGGGGUGUGUGUGUGUGUGUGUGUGUGUGUGAGAGAGAGAGAGAGAGAGAGAGAGAGAGAGAGAGAGAGAGAAAGACAUCUGGCCCUGUAGCUUUUGUUUGCUUGUUUGUUUUGGGAUCAAACUCAAUGAUGCUCAGCAAUCACUCCUGGCGGUGCUGGGGGACUAUAUGGGAUGCUUGGGAUUGAACCCCGGUUGGCUAUGAGCAAGGCAAGCACCCUACCUGCUGUACUACUGCUCUGGGCCCUGGCAAUGUAGCUUUUAAAUAGGAAGUUAGAGGAAAAUUGUUGAGAAGGAAAGCAUAGACUGUACAGUUAACUUCAAUUUUGUGUGUGUGUGGGUGCAUAUCUUUAGAUUUCAUGUUUUACUUUGAAGAUACAAUGUGAAAUGAAAACAGUCUCCACUGUAUAUAUUUUAAGUUCAAAUGAGUUUUAUGAAAUGGGAACUUGGUAACAAUGAAAUAAAGUGUGUUUCUGCUAUU